GCCCGGAGACGCUGCGGGGCACAGGGACAGGGCAGCGGGGACCACCGGGACACCCGAGUGCGGCUGGGUCCAGGGACAGGGUCUGGAUGGCAGCGCGACGGGCACUGAGCCUUGGGCAGGCACUGCGUGCGGGGCUGCGGUGCGGUCCCAGCUCGGUGCCGUCUCUUUUCGCUGUGGUCCCUGUUCGGUGUGGCCCCAGCUCGGUGUGGGCCCUGUUUGGCGCGGUCCCUGUUCAGUGUGGCCCCAGCUCGCUGCGGGCCCAGCUCGGUGUGUGCCCGGCUGACCCGUGUUACGGACCUCUCAGCAAACUCGCUGCUCUCUCAAGGGCUUUGUCUUACCGUCGUUAAGGCUUGGUAUAUCACCCUAGGCUGCGACACCUUCUCAGUGUCACCUGAGGUUUGCUGCCCUUUACCGUACCCCAGCUUGGGUCUUGCUGCUUUCUCUCCGAGGCCUCCAGCUGGCACACAGCGUACCUCCCUUCCUCGACUAUUUUAAGUAUUUUACGAGUGUUGACUGAAAUUCCAGACGUAAGAAUCACUAUUUGAGUUUGUCAGCAUGCUGUCCUUGUGCAGCCAAGAAAUGAUUCCCAGUUCCAGCUCAUUCUGUGGUGCAUCUUGUUUGUGAGUUUCUGACACUGUCAUGGUCAGAUCUUACCAGUGUGUUCAAGUGCUUGUUUGACUACGGGUGAGCUGUGCCAUAUGUGGUUGUAUCAGAGGAGAUUUUGGAGUGCUCCUCUACACAUGAGUCUCACAGUAGAAGUGCUGGGUGUUGCUCUACGGCCAGCAUUAGCCCUUUUCUUUCUGGGUGCUCCUUUCUGUAGAUUCUGUGUUCAUGAGGCAGCCAGCACAUGAAUCUGCCUGAUCAGAUGGUGUGGGCUGAAUCAGCAGGUGUGCUGUUCCAUGUGUGACGUUCAGAGCGUGGACUUCUGGAGGUUGCUGUAUGUGCUUCUGAAGCAGAUCCACGGGGGCAGGUGGACAGAGUCUGAUGCCAUAGGGGCCCAGGUGAGGUUUGUGAAGUCGGCGCUGUGGUACCAUGGCUACGGCCGGCCCCAGCUGCAGCGGCUCCCCGCCGACGGCUCCGCGGGCAGCCGGGAGCUGCUGCUGGCCUUCUCCUGGCUGCUGCACAGGCUGCGCCUCCUGGAGCGGCUCCUGGCUCGGAACAGACUGCGGACUGGGGAUGAGGCCUCUGUGUGCACGUGUGAAGAUGAGCUGCCCAGCAGCCUGGAAGGUGCAGCUGAAGCAGGGCCUGAGGACAGAGUGGAUGUUCGAUACCUGCAGUGGUUAAACGGGAGGCUGAGGUUGCAGUGGUGCAGUUUGCACGCUCAGCACCAAGAGCAAUGCAAACUUUUGCACAAGAUCCAUUUGUUCACAAAUGGCUCCCACAUGGACCAGAACCUCGGACAUUUUUCUGUCACAGAAACAGAUCUCAUUAGACGGCCAGAGAACUACAAGCAGCUGUUACAGCUCCUGGAGUCUGAGACCAUGCAGCUGGAAGCCUUUCUGGAAUGGAAGCAACUGGAACCCGUUUACUGGCAGUGGAUGGAAACUGUGUUGGAUAAUAUGGCUGAAGAGGGAAAUAUAUGUGAGUCCCAGGAUGCUCAUGUGGAGAAAAGAAGGCUGCCAGAGGUGACCUCCUGCUGCCCCUGGGCUGAGAAGCUGACUGGGCAAAUGGACAGAUUAUCCAGGGAUCUAAUGGCUCUCCAAGAGCAGCUGCAUCAGCUCGUAGCUCAGCGAAGGGCUGCCUGGUGGGAGAAGGUGGCAGCAAAAGAAGAACUACAGAAGGAGAGGUUCUCUGCCACUGCUAGAAAGAUACAGGAAAGCGUUGAACUAAAACUGAGAGGUCUCACAUCCCUUUGUGCUCCAAAGAAAAAUGCAAUGCACGGUUCGUGCAGGCUGGUGCUGAGGAACAAACAGCCUGCCAGCAGAAUGGGCUUUGGUCAGUGUGUGUCCAAGGAGGCUGUGUCAGCUCUCAGUGCUGCACAGGUGAGCAGAGAGCUGCAGGUGAGAGAGACCAGCCUGCAGAGAGAGCUGGAGCAGCUGCGGCAGGAGUGCCGCCACAGGCUGGACAAAAUUGCAGAAGGCUUGGAGGGGGUGAUUUGUAUCUCCCCUUGAGGAGAGAGACCUGGGCUGAGAGAAGCAAAGGAAUAGAGUGGCUUGGUCACGCUGUGCAGCUUGGUGUGGGGAAGUGUGAGCUGAGGAACCAAAUGUAAUUUCUAAUUCUCUAGCCCGGGAAUCAUAACUUGUCACUGCUUUGUGAGUUGCACUGGGGCCACAACCUCGGUGCUCUCUCUGCAGCCCCUUUAUUGCCAACCUUGCCAAUUAAAUUCUGCAUUAGGCCUUGGUAGGAGUGUGCAUAAAUCUCUCUUUUAUCCUCUGGAUUUCUAGUUCUUCUGCCAAGCACUGGGCUCUUUUACAGCGCUCAGCUGCUAGGCACGGCAUACAUUGAGGCUGUGCAUUGAAGUACUAAUUGCAUUCAAUAUUUUCCAGCAAUUGGAAGAGUUCAUUAGUCAGAAAAAUCCAAGUAUUGGAGAACAUGAAAAAUACCAGGGCUUAGAGAGAUUGGAAAUAUUCAAGAAAGUGUGUUGUUUUAAUUCAGCUGCUUGGAGUAUUUGUGGCAGCUAUAAUGUAGUCACAAUAAAGAAAAACAAAUGCCUAAUAAUAAAUAAAGCACUGCACUGAUUUCAUUUACUGGUGUGAUGCACUUGAAGUAAUUGGGUUCUCAAAGAGAGCAAACUAGAAACCCAUUCCAUCAGGUUAUGAGUCACAAUGAGAUGGAUAACUUAUGGACUUGCUAUAGGAAGUUUCUGUGAUACAGAAAUACAGAAAUACCUUAAUUUGCAAGCUUGAGGAGUCUCCAAGCUCUGUCUCUGAAGGCUUCUUCCCUUGAAACAGUGAAAUGCUUUUCCUUUGGCCUUAAUUUCCUACCCUUUUCUGGUUUGCUUUCACCAAGGAGUAUUUUAUGUUCUAGUUGUACACUUUGAGGAAUAAAUAAUAUU